AUGUCGUACAUGCUCCCGCACCUCGGGUCUGGGUGGGCUGUGGACCAGGCCAUUGUGACCGAAGAGGAGAAGGUGGUCAUUAUCCGAUGGGGUCACGACUGGUCGCCCGAGUGCAUGGCUCAGGACGAGAUCCUGGCCAGGAUUGCCGACAAGGUCUCCAAGUUUGCUGUCAUCUAUGUCGUCGACAUCUCUGAGGUUCCCGAGUUUACCGUCAUGUACGAGCUCGUUGACUCGUGCACCAUCAUGUUCUUCUACCGCAACCGCCACAUCCUCGUCGACGUCUCGUCGGGCAACAACAACAAGAUCAACUUUCUCAUCGAGGACGAGGACGAUCUCAUCUCCAUCAUCGAGGCCGUCUACGUGGCCGCUACACAGGGCAAGGGCCUUGCCGUCUCGCCUAUCGACUACUCGACCCGCUACCGCUAUUGA